UUCAUUGCAAAAAUAUGUUGACAUUGUCAUUUGAGACACGCGACGGUACGCAUACUGCUGGUAUAUACAAAAAUCCAUUGCUUCUUAUUAUGCGCCUUUUACGAGUACCUAAACUCGUCCUGAUUUGUCUUUUUUUUUAUAUGUGGUACGUAUUAUAGUAAUUUCUAAGUUUUUAUGUCAUCUAAAUAUUCAUCAACAAAAAAUAUGUUCAGAUGAACGGCGUUGAAUCGAAAGCUGGUUUGAAGUUCACCAAUGCCCACUGUGAGUCCUUCAACAAAUCCUGGAUCGUAAUAAAUGAGUGUAGAUUGCGCGCCAUUAACCGAUAUGUCACGGUGUUGAAUAUAAAUAUAACAUUCCUGCAUCCUGCCUACCAAAUAAAGCUUAGUUCAUCUUUCAUGAAGAAAGCCAAUGGAUAUAAGCCAUUUGUGAUGGAUUUUACUGUAGACGCAUGCGAUUAUAUCGUCAAGAAGAAUAAUGCCAUUGCCAAUGUGGUAUAUUCAUUUUUCAAAAAUUUUAGCAACAUAAAUCACACUUGCCCCUAUUAUGGGGAUCAGUUGGUGCGAAACUUUUAUCCCCGAUCUGAUUUAAUUAAAUUGGUUUUUCCCAGCGGCGAAUAUGCUUUGCUGAUGAACUGGUUCCUGGGUAAGGUGAAAACUUUUGUUACAAACAUAUAUUUUACUUUUCAUGGCUGAAUUCAAUC